CGGCGGCGGCGUCCCGCGCUGCUGCGAAGCGCAACGCAUGUUUCUGCUGCCGCUGGUGCAGCUGGUGCCGGCGGCCGACGGGGGCGUGAUGGCGCUGCCGCUGGCCAACGGCUCGGCGAUGCCCACCGCCGAGCCCGACGGCCGCGCCGUCAUGGACGAGCUCUUCCCGGCCGUGGUGCAGUGCUUCAGCGUCACGCUCUGCGGGUACUUGGCUGGGAGAUUUAAAAUAAUAUCCAGUCACGAAGGGCGUGGAAUCGAGCUUUUCGUUGGCAAGUUUGCUCUUCCAACGCUUAUCUUCCUAUCGAUGGCGACGCUAGACUUCACGGUGGUCAACUGGAACUUCCUGUUCGCCAUCCUGCUGGCCAAGGCGGCCGUGUUCGGCACCGUACUGCUGGGCACGGUGCUGGUGACCCGGCCCACCGACUACUCACUCGGCUCGCUCUACGCCAUCUUCUGCACGCAAAGCAACGACUUCGCGCUCGGAUACCCAAUCAUCUCGGCCAUCUACAAGGACAGCCACCCCGAGUUCGUCGCCUACCUGUACCUGGUGGCGCCCGUCUCGCUGUGUGUGCUGAAUCCGGUCGGCUUCGCGCUGAUGGAGCUGUGGAAGCGACGCCACCUCUCGCUGGAGCAUCAGAGCUCGGUGAACGGCGAGACCCGGCAGCCGGUCUCCAUCUGCCGGCUCGUGCUGCUCUCGCUGCGUGGCGUGCUCACCAACCCCAUCGUGGUGAUGACGGCGCUGGGCCUCCUCGGCAACGUGAUCUUUCAGCACAUUAUACCGAAAGUGCUGUACAACAUUCUGAACACGUUCGCGGUGUCGUUCUCUGCCACGGCGCUGUUCAUGCUGGGCCUGCACAUGGUGACACGACCAGGCUGCCGGGUGCGCUCCGACCGCUACCUGGUGCCCUUCAUCCUGAUCGUCGUCAAGUCCAUGGUGCUGCCGCUGGUGACGCGGGAGGCCAUGAGCCUGCUGCAGGGGCCUGCCACGCACAACGCCAACCUGACGGUGGACCUGACCAACUACGCGUUCCUGUACGGCAUCCUGCCGACGGCGCCCAGCGUGCUGGUGUACGCCACCCACUACGACACCGGCAUCGAAGUGAUGGCCAACGCGCUGGUGAUCGGUACGUUCCUAUCUGCGCCGCUGAUGUUCGUCUCGGCCUGGAUGGUGUCCGUGUACUCGACGGUGGCGCCCUCGCAGUACAUCCACUACAUCGACUCCUACAUCUGUGACAUCAGCAUCAUCGGCCUCGUCUGCUGCGUCUGGGUGUUCGGCGUAUUUUUACUAAGUGGCAAGUUCAGACGUGUACCGCACUUCAUCACCACCUGUCUGAUCGUGUCACAGGCGGUGGCAUGUGUGGGAGCCAUCCUGUCAACCCAGCUGGACUGCUCGUCCGGCGACUGGUCCUUCUACCUGCACUUCCCGCUGACGGUCGGCGUGGUCAGCAGCCGGGUGUGGACGGCCCUGCUGGCUGUGGCCCUGCUGCUGCUGCGCACGCGCUCGCUGUGCUUCGUGCUGCGCUGCCGGCUGCCCUUCAUGGCCAUCGGAUGGGCGUUCCCACUGGUUCUCACCGUGGUGCUGCUCGUCUCCAACGGCGGGCACCACAUGUACGAGGGUGACCCGAGCUUCCAGCUGGGACAGUUCCAGUCGGUCACGGCCAUCGUCAUCCUGACCAUCUCACUGACCGUGACGCUGUUCUGCCUGGUGGUACACCACCGGUACAACCACCUGUACAGCCAGUACACGGCGCAGCUGCCGGCGGGCGCCGACAGCCCGCCCCGCGUCCUCAGCGACACGGAACCCGACUCGGGCUCGGAGGCGCCGGCCCACGACCCCGUCACCGUGGAUGACAUCGAGGAGCUGGUGCAGGACGGCCAGACGUCGUUGAGCGCGCCGGCCACCUGCACCGGUCAGCGGCCGUGCGACCCCAACACGCGCCAGCUGUGCAGGGAGAUCGUGCGGAACUACUACAGCCAAGAGGAGGCGGAGCUGGGCUCGCCGUGCGAGGCCGAGGAUCAGCUGCAGAUCACCAAACACGUGCUCGUGCUCCUGCUGCUCAGCCUCUCCAUGAUCGUGGGUCUGUUCCUUUCUGUGUGGAAUCUCGUCAUGGACACGAUGACCGGCGUAUACGUCGUGGUCGACUUCCUGGACGGCGCGCUGAACUUCGGCCAGGGCGUGUUCGUGUUCCUGCUGUUUGGCCUCGACAACGAGCUAAUCGUUCUGCCGGUGGUGCAAUGGUGGCGCCGUCUGCUGUGGGGCUCCGAUGCCGUUCACCUGCCGGACAUGGCUGACCUGGAGCCGGAGACGCGGCAGACGUGCAACCAGUUCAUCGACUACCACCUGGAGCAGUGUCGACGCAGUCUGGUCAAGGACAGACGGCACCGUCUGAAGCUGUACCGGCACGUGUUCACCGGCCAGGAGCUGGUGGAUUGGCUGAUGCGGCGCGGUCUCGCCCCGGACCGCACAGAGGCCACCAAGUACGGCCGCCGGUUGGUGGACGGCCGGGUGGUGCGCCACCUGCGCCAACAGCAUCACUUCCACGACCGCCACCUCUUCUACCAGCUGCGCUGGCGUCUGCCCUGGAGUAACCCCUGA